GCCGAGUUGUACGCGAGUCAUACGAUUCGGACUCGGAGUCUCUCAACUAUGCACGCGUCGCGAAACACGCACCUACAACAGCGCUGACGUCGCGGUGUGGGUAUCGCACGGUGUGUGGCGUGUGCGUGACGUGACGUGACGUGACGUGACGUGCGUGCGUGCGUGCGUGCAUACGUCGGUGCGUGUACGUACGUACAUACGUGUGUGUACGUGUCACGAUCGCGGACGAUCGCGACGCACGGGCGUACACAUGAACCCGGAUCGCCGUGAAACGCGGGUUCACGGCGGUGUCGUCGCUUCGCGGUCCGGAAACGAUCGCUUCGCGGCGAUCGUGCGCCACGCGCUUUUCCGAGAAGGAGAAACUGGAAAGAACUGGAGGAAACUGCAAAACGGAGUGAACGCGGAACGUGCGCGCGCUAUGCCGCGCCGCGGACGAUAGUACACGUGACACCCCGGGGAGGCGGGCGCGCGUGCACGCGCGCAUACGUGCGUGCGUGCGUGUGUGUGUGUGCGCGCCGCGUAUCGUGCGCGCAGUGAAUGUAGCCUCGUUAUCACUCGAGCGAUACGCGGAUGACUUUUGCUCGGCUCGUCGAGACGCGCCCGAUCCCGAUUUCGAGGCACGCUGCGAUCUGACAGGUAACGCACUCCGCGUGACACGUGACGCGCGUGGAAGUGUCACCGUAUGACGCUUACCUGCGACAACGCGCUCCGAAAAGCGCGCGCUCUCCGAGUUUCGGGGCCCUCGUUCGCGGCGCGACGCGACGCGAUUCUUCCUCCUCAUUAGCGAAAGUGCAAAAUAGAGUUUUCGCGCUGCUUACGUAACAAUGCCGAGUCCUCGAAAGUAUUUACGCGAAUUGGAAUUCGUGCGAGAAUCCACGGCCGUGUGAAACACACGACGAUAAUUGGCGAAGAUACGUAUAAAUUGCAGUGCGAUUAUCAUUCCACACCGAUCGCUCAACGUAACGACUGUCCGUGCGGAAUAUGAACGUCGGAUGACAUUAAUAAACAUUGUCGCGAACGAGCGCGAGAAUUUUGUAACAAAUCAUAUUGGAUUGAUAGCCGCACGCACCUGCGAUGACACUAUCUCUAGCUAUCAGAACGUCGUAAAGAGUCGCGCAGCAUAGUCGGUCGUAUCUGCAAGGAGUAAGCGCGCAGUCACGUGGCCGUUUGCCGUCGUUACGUCAAAACGAAAGAAAGUUGUUUUAGCGGGUUUUGAGUUGUAAAGCAGAGACGAGAAGAGAUCGAAUUUUGACAGAGGUGGUCAUGCGAUGGACACCGAGAGCGGCAACAACGACAGCGGCAUCAGCGGCAGCAUCAGUGACGAGCCGCGUAACGGCAAUAAGCCCGUCCUGCCGAAGCACGGCGAUGCUACCCACAGUAAGUUCCACGGUAAACAGGCCGGCUGCGUGCGUAAAAUGAGCACGAUGUUCGAAGAGGAGGACGAUGUAUCCGACGACGCGGACCCGGACGUGAUCAGGAUCCGCCGUCAGCGCCAGAAACGCCCCGAGAUCGAGACCGAGUGGUCUUCGGAGGAGGAGAGAGGUCGUUUGCUGAACACCGUUGAACGCGAGGUCCUCGUUGUGCCAACCCACAAUGGCAGCAACGUCAGAGGAGCGGUCGAUCGCGACGACACUCCUGAGAGCGUUCGCCGGGAUAAAGGUCAUCGUCGGCGGCUGCAGCCACGGCUGAUGGUCGACCAGGCCGAGUCCGGGUCGAGUUCAGAUCGCGACAACGGACACAGCCCCGGCAGAUCGAGCGCCAGAGGCAUCGAUCCACUGCAUCGUUAUCGUUGUCUCAACGUGCGUUCGCCAAGGGCCCUCCACAUGGACGACAGCCACCAGCACUGUCCCUGCUGCCAUCAGCUGUCGCCCACCUGCGCCUCCGUCCUGUACGCGGAGGCCAACGGGAGUCAGGCCCGCUCGUUCCCCGAUACGAUCUCGAUCAAGUCCCUGGCGUCGAUCGGCCUGGGCUCUUCCGACGGCCGGAAGCUCACGAUACGUAGAGUUCCCACUUCGCCGUCGGAGCUGCUUAACAUGGUACAUCCGCCACCUUUCGAGGACGACGUUUCCACGUGCACCAGUUAUGGCGACAUGGACGCGGACGAUCCCGACGAUUAUCGGCAGCCCAGGAGGCCGCACUGGGCGAACAAGAUGGAAUUCGUGCUCGCCUGCAUAGGCUACUCCGUCGGUCUCGGCAACGUCUGGAGAUUUCCCUACUUAUGCUACAAAAGUGGCGGCGGUGUGUUCCUCGUGCCUUACUUUUUAAUACUCAUAGUAUGUGGAGUACCAUUGCUGUACAUGGAGCUCAGCAUCGGACAGUUCACUCGUCGCGGCCCAAUCGGCGCCCUGGGCCAAGUGUGUCCGUUAUUGAAAGGAGCUGGUUUAUCGUCAGUCGUAAUAUCAUUUUUAAUGUCUACCUACCAUAAUGUGAUAAUAGCCUACGCAAUUUACUAUUUCUUCGCGGCAUUCCGGCCGGAGCAACCGUGGUCACGUUGCGAUCACUCGUGGAACUCGCCGCGCUGUUGGCUGCCCAGUUAUGGAUCCAUCGAUAAUCGAACUCAACCGAACCUGACAAGAACGCCGUCCGAGGAAUUUUUCGACAACAAGGUCCUGCAAAUUAGCAGUGGCAUCGAAGAGCCGGGGAUUUUGAGAUGGGAGCUCGUGGCGUGCUUGAUAACCGCGUGGAUCUUAGUAUAUUUUUCCAUCUGGAAGUCCAUUAAGUCAUCGGCGCAAGUAAGGUACCUGACAGCAACGCUGCCUUUUCUCCUAAUCGUGGUCUUCCUCACGCGAUCCCUCACUCUGGAGGGCGCCUCGAAAGGUCUGCAAUUCUUUUUUCAUCCACGCUGGGAAUUGCUUGGCGAUGCAAAGGUAUGGAUCAACGCUGCGGCGCAAGUCUUCAAUUCCGUAGGGAUUGCCUUCGGCUCGAUGAUAUGCUUUGCGAGUUACAACCGAUUCCACAACACGAUCCUCGUAGACACCCUAGCCGUUUCGCUCAUAAACGCCUUCAGUAGUCUACUGGUUGGAAUAUUCUCGUUCGCCACGAUCGGCAAUAUAGCGCUGGAGCAAAACAUGUCCGUCGAAGAUGUCCUAACCGACGGACCUGGUCUAGUCUUCGUCGUCUAUCCGCAAGCGCUAGCCAAGAUGCCGGCUUCUCAACUCUGGGCUGUGCUAUUUUUCUUUAUGAUGGUCUGCCUUUCGUUGAACAGCCAAUUUGCCGUUGUUGAAGUGGUCGUUACGUCGAUCCAAGACGGUUUCCCGAAUUGGGUGAAGCGUCGUCUUCUCUGCCACGAAGUGUUGGUUCUCCUCAUAUGCGUCGUUUCGUUCUUAUGCGGACUGCCGAAUAUUACGCAGGGCGGUAUUUAUUUCUUCCAACUGAUAGACCAUUACGCCGCUUCGAUGUCCAUCAUGUUCCUGGCGUUCUUCGAAGUAAUUGCUAUCUCGUGGCUCUACGGCGUGCGGCGGCUGUGCAACAACGUCAAGGAGAUGACCGGACGCAUGCCUUCGGUGUACUUCCGGUUCUGCUGGUUCCUCGCCGCGCCUCUUCUCAUAAUGGCUGUCUGGGUGUUCAGCUUAAUUGAUUAUGAGCCGCCGACCUACCACAACGGCGAUUAUGCGUAUCCAUGGUGGGCUGAAGCGAUCGGAUGGGGCAUCGCGUCUCUCUCCCUAAUUUGCAUUCCCGCUUUUGCCGUUUACAUAUUCGCCAAAGCGGAUGGUGUCACGUUCGCCGAAAGACUCAAAAAUUCCAUCAAACCGCACUUCGAGGCGUGCAAAGUUUGCGGACAGGAAUACUGCGUGGAGCUCAUGCACAAUUUGCCAGAGGAUAUGCUCAAGGAGCCGCAAACAGACGUGAAUACUUCCAUACAAUUGAAUUCGCACUACCUGCUGAAGCCUCAGACGUGACAACGUGUCGACUCGCAGAGGCGAUCAGCUUUUCACUCACUUUGAGGAAUAAUUGUUCAACAAAAGUCGUUCGCAUACUUUUAUCGUCGGUCAUCGACAUCUGUCGCGGCGGACAACAUUCCAUUAUUUAUAGCCUUAUUAGGACAAUAACGGACGGUAAUCACUUGCGAAAGAGUCAUUUAGAUAAAGAAUAUAUCUUGCAAACUGUUAUUCUUGACGCCAUCGUGUGAUAAGCCAUAGACAAGCACUGAAUUGACGCAGGAACAUAUUUCUGUAUAUAUCGCAGUCGAUAUAAUGUUGUAUAACAUUGUUAAUCAUAAUUUAAUAAAUUAUUAUAUAUUGUCCAAGAA